UCCGCCUGAACCCACCGUUUAUCCAGUUUCCUUCAAACGCCGAAAUCGGAAAAUUCCUACUACUAAUUACUAUUCCAACUCCUCCAUUUUAAGCUUUUCACUUGCAAUUCUAUCUCUCUUCACUUGUUAAUCAUCAAACACCGAUCAUUCUAGGGAACUCACUCAGCUUAAUUAGUCAAUGUAGCUCCUACUCAUAUUCGAUCCCUUCGAAUUCCAAGGGAUCACACAGCUCAAAACUAAGCUGGUGCGGUUAUAAAUUCGAGUCGGUUCUCUAUUGUGAAAACGAAUAAUGACGGGAGGCCGUGUGUCUCCGAAAACCGAAAAUUUCUGCAUCAAAUGUAAAAGUAAUCCACUUCAUGGGGCUUCAUUCGAGAUAAUAGAUCAUAUUUCUCCUGUAAAUGAAAAAUGUAGUGUUACUCGUUGUGAUCCCAAGCCCUCUGAAAGGUUAAGCACGCCCGAGCUAAUCUCUGCAGUAGGCCAUGCGUGGGGUUAUGCGAGUAAGUCUCUCUCUGGUCUUGUGCAUAAGAGUAAUGCCGCGUACAAAUCUGAGAUUAUUCCGGAAGGUGGGAUACUUCGUUAUUCUACAGAUAAAGGAACUUCUCAUGCACCUACUUCAGAUGGGGAUCAACCUUGCUCGGUGUUCUACUUGUCUAGUAAAGAAAAAUCUAUAGAGCUUGUGGAUGAGAGUCGAGAGUGCUCUAGUGAUAGUUAUGGAGCUUCUUCUUUCUGGAGGAUGGUCCUUGCAAGGUCCAUGUUGAUUGAGGGAGCCUCUGUGCAGGAUAGUCUUUUGGGUGCAGGAAUACCUUCGAAUUUCAAGAGCAUGUAUAAUUGGAUGAAUACUGUAGCUCUUUGUAAACCAAGUGGUCUGGUAAACUCUGAGAUUGAGAUCAAAAGGGCGGCUGACUAUUAUGACAAUUUUCGUUCUACAAAUUCAGGUGAUGAAAGUAGUUCGUUUCAUAGUUUAGCUGCAGGAAUUUCUGUUUCUGAGCCUGAAAUUUCAGAACCUUUAGAUUUAUCUUCUAAAAAAGCUGCCAACUUUGACUUGAAGCCAUCAAAUACGACGUGCUCAGAGAAAAAGGAUGAUGUGCUACCUAUUGAAGCGACUGAUUGUAAGAUCUCUACAUCAAGAUGUUACGUGGAUGCCGAAUUAGCAUCGCACAGUUAUGAUUGUAAAAAUUGCAUAACGGAGAGUAGUGAAGGUACAUAUGAGGACCAAAAAGAUCAAGGAGCAACGCUUGUCAAAGCAGAUUUUUUGGAGGCAGAUAUCAGCCUGUUUGGAAAGAUAAAACCUCAGUAUGCGCUUGCGAAACAAGAACAUGCUUUUGCUGGAGCAAUGGCGGGGAUAGUUGUCAGCCUUUGUCUACAUCCGGUGGACACGGUUAAGACAGUUAUUCAGGCAUGCCAUACUAGCCAGAAGCCCCUCCACUAUGUAGGCAGAUCUAUUAUUGCUGAGAGAGGUAUAUCAGGGCUUUACCGUGGUAUUUCCAGCAACAUUGUAAGUUCAGCUCCAAUAUCUGCUCUCUAUACAUUCACGUAUGAAUCGGUGAAGAAAAGUUUGCUUCCUCUUCUUCCCAAGGAAUAUCACUCGUUGGCCCACUGCACAGCAGGGGGUUGUGCAAGUAUUGCUACAUCGAUCGUUUUCACUCCAAGCGAAUGUGUAAAACAGCAGAUGCAAGUUGGUUCACACUACAAGAACUGCUGGACUGCGUUGAUAGAGAUUCUCCAGAAAGGUGGCUUGCGUUCAUUGUAUGCUGGAUGGGGAGCCGUACUCUGCAGAAAUGUUCCACAUUCUGUCAUCAAGUUUUACACCUAUGAAAGCCUGAAGCAUAUUAUGGCGCCAUCAAUCCAAUGGAAUGCUCAAGCUAAUAUAUUCACUACGUUAAUCUGUGGAGGAUUGGCUGGAUCUACAGCUUCGUUUUUCACAACUCCGUUUGAUGUUGUCAAGACAAGAUUGCAAACCCAACUUCCCGGGUGUACAGCCAAGCAUAGUGGUGUACUCAGUACUCUUAAUGAAAUAUGGAAGCAUGAAGGGUUGAGUGGUGUUUAUAGGGGCUUGACUCCGAGACUAGUGAUGUACAUGAUCCAGGGAGCACUUUUCUUUGCAUCCUAUGAAUCUUUUAAGAGUCUGUUCUCUCUAGAGUUUCCGCGACCGAGUACUCAGGCAUUGCAGCUCGAACAGAAGAGCUAGGAUGAUUCAGAGAUAUUGCCCUCUGCCAUAUCAGUCACUGCAUAAUGUGCAUUAUAUAAAUAGACGACGAAAUCUUGUUCUUCCGGCUGAGAUCUCGGCGUGCAGGCUUCGAGGAGUGGGCACUUAACUUAGCAAAUGGUUUUUUGAUGAUAUGAGGCAAGGUUGAUUCGUGCAAGUUGAAAAUGUGAACUUUAUGUUGUAUUUUUGGUGCAGGUAUACGAUAGUAAGAAGCAUUUGCAUUACUAUUAAGAGAUAAUAUCACUUUUUUAUUAUUAUAUAUGUAUAUUUUAUAACAUAUCUACGUCAAUGUUGGAUGAUAUAAAGGUUUCAAACCAAGAGUUGAAUUAUCAUGUAA